AUGAAUCGUUCAGCACGACGUCAUCGGUCUACAAAAGUGCCAAAUGUGAAAUUACGACCUGCUCCAAGAAAGAAUGAUGAAGAAGAUGAAACGGAUCAAGAUUGGAAAGCAGAACAAGAUGCAAUGAAACAUUAUAUGAUGAAUAGAGUCGCUCAAGCUGCCGGUAAACAAAGAAGAAUCGAUCAUGAUUCAUUCGAUGAGGAUGAGGAAAUGGAAGAAGAUGAAGAAGAAGAGCAAGAAGGUAAAGGUGACGAUCUUGCUCCUUUAGUCGGAUGUGUGAUUUGUACGACAGGAUUUGAUGAAACAAAAGUGGAUUUGCAUGAAUGUGCUGUGGCGUUAGGUGCAAAAGUAGAAGGCAAUCUAACAGAAGGAACAACACAUUUGAUCGCCAAACAACCUGGUUCAGAGAAAUAUUAUUGGGCUAUCAAAUUAGGCAUGCCUGUCUUGAAACCUGAGUGGUUAAAAGAUUUACGAAGAAGAUGGCAAAGAGCAGAACCAAUCAUGUUUAACGAUCUCAUGGAAGAAUAUCGAUUAGAUGCCUUUCAAGGUCUAACAAUGGCAAUGGCAGGUGUGAUGGACGUAGAAAAACGUAAAGCAAUUCGUCAAAAGAUCAAAGGCGCAGGUGGCAGUACUCCUCAGACGUUCAAAUUAGACGGCACAUUCACCCAUCUGCUAUGCGAGGAAAGCAAGGCAUCAGAAACAUUGCAAGUCGUUCAAAGAUAUCUCAAGAAAGCAGAACGCUACCUUCGAAGAGCAGCAGAUAUACCGGACGACGCGGAAGAUGCCCCACUGAUGCGUGCUGCAAUGAAGAUAAAAAUCGUUUGGAUCGAAUGGUUAGACGAUUGUUUAGCAGUCAAUGGAUGUAUAGACGAAAGACGUUAUCAAAUCACUCAACCAAGACCUUUGCCUGCCAAAAGAUCAGAUCUUAUUGCCCAAAUACAAAAGAGUACAAAAGAGACUGCUCAAAAGACGGCAAACAAUAUGAAUAUGGCAAGAGCUACGCUUUCAGAUCCAACAGCCGCACUUAAACAAUCAAAGAUGCAAGAGCAUCAAAUACCCAAACCCGCCAACAAGAAGCCAAACAUUGCUUUGAAUAGACUGAUGGAACAGCUUGGCCAGUCGACGUCUGAGGCAAACAUUUUGAAAGAGAGCACGCCUAUGGAAGAAAGUCGAAAGUCGGAAAAGGUUGCCACCGCGAAUGAGUACCGUACCGACUCUGUACAGGAAGAGAAUGGCGAUGAUCAAAUGGAAGAUGUGGCGGAUGAGACACUACCGCUACCGGAGCAUCCAAACGAUGAUUCGGUAGGUCAAAACAGUAGGAACGAAAAACAGCAGCAGCGUGAAGAGGCACAUGAAAUAGCUGAAGAAAGCACAAGCCACUUAGGCGAAAAUGAAGAGGAUGACGAUGAGCUGGUCUUUGAUGAGGCUUCUGGCCUGCAAGAUAUUCACUCCAAGGAGAAGAGCCUUUCCGAAUUAACUCUCCGGAUCGAUCUUCGCGAUGAGGAAAAGAACACUAAGCUUCUUAAAGCUCUACAAAAACAUAAAUUUACCAAAUUACUGGAUGCACAAGAUUCACAAGCGGCAGACUUUCACAUAUUACCGCUUCACAAGGUUCAUGUGGACUCAGGCGCUCAUUUGGGUGUUCCUGUUACCCACUUCUUCAUCGAAAGAUGUUUAAUUGAAGGACGCCUUAUCGGUACAAAUGAAGGUUUCGCUUUACAACCUUCGUCUCAUGUGUUCCCUCUAUCAGAUGCAGCAAGUACAUGUGUUUCGAUAACCGGUUUAGGAUCCAAUGACGAUGGACCGGAUAGACAUCAGUGCGAAAUGGCUUUAGAGACGGCCGGUGUCAAAUUCUCCUCCACGCUCAGAAGAGGGGAGCAUACACAUUUACUGGUCGGUAAACUCGCUCAAGGUAGUGUAAGUUCGGAAGCAAAGAUAAGUCGAGCAAAGAAGUGGGGUGUUUCGAUUGUCACUUUGGACUUCAUCAAUGAAAUUUACAAAAGAGGAAGGAUUCCGCCCUCUCAUGCAUCUUCGAAGUUUAUACGUGAUUUAUCCACCUCGGCUAUGGCAGAUACCAGUGUCAUGUCUGAGGGUAAUUCGACUAUGCUGAACGAAACACAAGUUCCUGAUUUGUCAUCCAUCUUACGUACUCAGAAUGGCAAUGAAGGUAACAAACAGCCAUUGGAAUCCCCUAGAACUAAUCUAGGGAAAAGACCAUUUCAGCGAAUCGUAUCUGCAAAUGUGCCAAUGCAUCUCGACAAUAGUCCCAAGAAGCAGAAUAAUCGAAAAUCCGAACCACCUCCAGAAAGUCAAACGAGAAUACGUGAAAUCGAUAUGGAAACACAAGUUCUUCGUAGAUCGACACAUCAAAUGUUAGAACUUUUGAACGGUCAUGAUCAGACUGUAGAACAAAAUUUGAACGGAGGCGGAGCAAAUUCUUCUUCACAUCGUAAGACCAGAAGAUUACCCCCUUCGAUGCGUAAUAAAAGUAGGAGGACAUCAAGAACUCCUACAAGCGAAGAUCGCACAGAAGAAGAAAGUGGCAAGAAUAUCAUUGGCAGCUUAGACGUAGAAGAAAUGCUUGCAAAAGGAAGGGAACGAGAGGCUAUGAUGGCGGGAAUGCAUGAGUCUUCUUCCAUGAAUCCUUUUGCCGUUCAAUCCAAUGAGGAAAGCAUGAGGAUUGUAUAUGAUGAUCCUGCAGGUAGAAGAGAACGCAGAAAGAUUGAAGCAAUGAUCAAUAAUUCCAAGCAAAAGGAUGAAGUGAAAGACAAGAAUGACAAUGGACCAACUUCUCAUAUUUCAGCAAAUACAUCACCCGCUGCAAAAAGGGUACGAGCAACGGUUGCAGGAAUAUCACCUUCAAUCAAAGCGAGGAGACAACCAGGAACAGCUAAUCGGGACACAUAA